AUGUAUCAAAUACGUCGAUUCCUGCCUCCAUUAGUGCACUGCAAGACGCACUCGAAGCUUCUCGUGGGAUGUUGGCAAUCUACCUCUUUAUUUUCUUCCUUGUCACAGGAGUGGCGUCAAGUCUUGGCAGAUUUCCAGAGCAAAUCAAAUGACACAAGUACGUUAUUGCUGGCCACUGACGUCGAAAACGUCAUUCAGGCGUGCACCCAGAGUGAUCGCACUCGAGAAGCACUGGAUGCAGUGUAUAAAGCAAAAAAGCGCGGUGUCGUGGCUUCAUUGAACUCGCACGUGCAGAUUUGCUGUUCGUGGGCUCGAAAGGGCAAAGCGGAGCGGGCAUUGAACAUGAUGCUGCAGCUGCACGAAGAAUUUGGCGAGCAAUUCCAAUCGACACACAAGACACGGGGUAGUGUGUAUGACCCAUUGCUCACAGUGUUCAAGUUACAGGGAGAUUGGCGCAGCACGCACGAUGUCAUUGCACAAAUGCAUCAGUUAGACAUCACACCAACUUUACGUGCCUUUCGGGUGCUCAUGUUAACAUUAGCGAAAGCUCGUCGAAAGGAGACGUUGUUGACAACGAUGGCCUUUGUGGAAAAGAAGUUUCCUGAGGUUUGGACGGAUGUAGUUACGCUGACAGCCAUGUGUCAGGCGCUUGUGAGUGUCAAUGAGAACCAGCGCGUAAUGGAGAUCUACCGUAAACUUGACAAUGAUUGGGCUCAUGAAAAUGCCAGCACGAUGCUGUUCAACCAGUUUCUGCUUGCUGCAGUCCGUAGCGAAACUACUAAGCUGGAUGGCAAGAAGGGGGAUAGACGAAUGAAUCGAGGGUCGUCGUCGAACAUGCAGGUUGCGAUGAGCAUUUUUACACGAAUGCAAGAAGCUCAGACUGCUGUACCUGACGACUUCACGUUUGCGACUUACAUGAUGGAACUGGAGAAGCGUGGUGAAUGGCAACAUGUGCUGGAUCUGUUCAAUACGAUGUUAGAGACUCAAACGCGCAAUCAGAGCGGGCUAAGCAACAAAUUGCAGACACCAGUGGUUAAUGCACUCUCUUUCUCUGCUGUGAUCCGAGCGCUUCACAAGCUUCACGAAAUUAGUGAGUCAAAUAAUGAUAAGAACGCUGGGCCACAUCGAGCUACCCGGCCCAAUACGUCUUCGAGAGAGCCGCAAAGAAAAUUGAAGCAGGACUUGUCGGUCGUGCUGAAACAGCUUCACACAAUAGACCUUCAUAAUAUUGGCCAUGCUUCAACACUGAUCGAUACCCUGGAUGAAUUCAGGCUAUUCACAGCAGCGCGUCAAAUUUUUAAACGCGUGCUGGAUGAAAAUAUCAUCCAAAAGACUCCGUGGAGAUUGAAAGACGGAUUUGAGAUUGACUUGCACACAUUCUCUCGCGGUGUAGCAAAGUGUGCGGUCGUGUCAGCUUUCGAUGCGAUCUCGCGCUCCCAACAAUGUAUUAGCGACACCUCUCUUGCGAGUAACACCCCACUGCAAAACAUUCGUAUCAUCACGGGUGUUGGCAAACGUAGCCAAACGUUCAUGAAGCCGGUGCUGAGGCAAGAAAUCACGGAACUGCUCACCAAGUCCAGUCGACCACCACUUUGGCCCUCAAUACAUCCGACUAACUCCGGUGUUCUACUCGUACGCCAUAACGCUCUGCGCAAAUGGCUUCAGAAAGGUGGCGCGAUCCGAUACUUUUGA